CUUUGGAUUCCGGGGGCCUGGGUGGGGAGCUGGGUGCCCCCUGCAUCCCCCAUCCCCAGCAUCCCAUGAGCCGACCCUCGGCCCCAUGGAGCCCGGCAAUUAUGCCACCUCGGACGGGGCCAAGGAUAUCGAAGGCUUGCUGGGAGCGGGAGGGGGUCGGAAUCUAGCCGCCCAUUCCCCCCUGACCAGCCACCCAGCGGUGGCGUCUACGCUGUUGCCCGCUGUCAACUAUGGACUGGAUCUGCCAGGCUCUGCGGAACUGCCAAAGCAGUGCCACCCAUGCCCCGGGGUGCCCCAGGGAGCGUCCCCAGCUCCGGUACCUUAUGGCUACUUUGGAGGCGGGUACUACUCCUGCCGAGUGUCGCGGAGCUCGCUGAAACCCUGUGCCCAGGCGGCCACCCUGGCCGCCUACCCCACGGAGACUCUCGCGGCCGGGGAGGAGUACCCCAGCCGCCCUACCGAGUUUGCUUUCUAUCCGGGGUACCCGGGAUCCUACCAGCCUGCGACCAGUUACCUAGAUGUGUCGGUGGUGCAGAGUCUGGGUGCCCCCGGGGAGCCUCGCCACGACGCCCUGCUGCCUGUGGACAGUUACCAGCCCUGGGCCCUCACCGGUGGCUGGAACAGCCAGAUGUAUUGCCAGGGAGAACAGAAUCCACCGGGUCCCUUCUGGAAGGCUGCAUUUGCAGACUCAAGCUCUCAGCACCCUCCAGACAACUGCACCUUCCACCGAGGCCGCAAGAAGCGCGUUCCCUACAGCAAGGGGCAGUUGCAUGAGCUGGAGCGCGAGUAUUCCGCUAACAAGUUCAUCACCAAGGACAAGAGGCGCAAGAUCUCCGCGACCACCAGCCUCUCAGAGCGCCAGAUCACCAUCUGGUUUCAGAAUCGCAGGGUCAAGGAGAAGAAGGUCCUUGCCAAGGUCAAGACCAGCGCUACUCCAUGAGGGAGCUCCCUUGCUGGGGAGGUAGGGGAAUGUGGGGGUAUCCUAAGGAGACCAGGAGCCUGCCA